AUGGAUUCAGAGGGAACUAGUGGCAUCUUUCAAUACGUGUCGCAUUCGCCGCCACAACGCGCGCGAAUGCACAGACUUUUCCUUAUCCAAGAGCUUCUUUGUAUCAUAUGUGAACAUGUGCAGAACGACCACGCAGGCAGUAUUGCCGCGGGAAGAACUCUUGCUUCUCUUGCUAGAACCUCCAAGGUCUUCCAUCAUGUGGCCACCAGAGUUCUAUGGUCGCGACUGGACGGACUCACGCCAUUACUACGACCCUUGGCCUCCGACCUGACUUUCACCGCAGAAACCGCGACAUGGCCACAACCCGUGUCAAAGCUUAGGAGGCCACUCAAAAUGGCAGAAUGGGAGGUGCUUCGCGGCCUUGCACGUCGUGUCGAGCACCUAUGUGUCCAUGACCCUGCUCGGCCAGUAGAUCUCUCAGUCGUUCUCUCUCUCUGCCACCCCCCAACCAACUCGCCUUUGUUUCCAAAUUUGAAAUCAAUCAUCUGGAAUGACGAAAGAGCUGAGACCUUCUCGUUCAUUCGCACGCUUUCAGGGCCCACAGUUACUUCCCUGGCGAUAACCAUCACAAAUAAUAGUCGUAAAUGGCAUAUACCAGAGCUCAGCAUAUUGGCUUCGCUGCCCUACGUUUGUCCCAACGUCACAGAAGUGACCCUGCCCACCGACACUUUUCCCUCUCUAUCGGAAGCCCUUUGCACGUGGAAUAAUCUCAAAGAGAUCAAAUGUGGAGCAAUCGAGGGUAACGCACUUUUACAUCUCGCCAAACAACCAACUCUUCGCAAGUUUUCAUUCAAUAUGAUCAACAACGCAGGACUCGGACUGGACUCGUCUUUGCCUUCAGGGGCAUUUUCAUGUGCUUGGAGGAUCGCCCGCUUCUAUGCACGUGCUAGUGGACACCAAUCCGCCACCUACCAGUAUCACUUCACUUUUACUGCUCUGAGGCGUUUCUCGAGUACUCAUUUGCAAGAUCUGAGUCUGCGAUUGAAGACCCCGCCAAGUCCUCGGGUCCCAUCAUCACAUCCCCUACAGCUAUUCGGUUAUCCACAACUCCAAGCUAAUGUAGGACCUUAUAUGGCGCCACCCAAUAUAAAUCUGAUGGGCUAUCCAAUCAAUGUGGGCUACCAGCCUCCGCUCGCCCCGAAUGGAUUUCAUGUUCUGCCUUUGGGUGGCGUUUCGACUUCGGGUGGCAUUUCGACUUCCGGACUUGCAUGUCACACUUUCACUUUGGGUGACUUCAUACCCCUUACCUGCUUUGAAAGCCUGGGCAGGAUAGACAUCGAUAUCAAUCACAGUAUCCACCUCGAUGACGACGACCUCCGGUCGCUGGUCUCUGCAUGGCCCCACCUCUAUUCCUUCUCCCUCAACGACACAGCUGGAUGGCGCACCAAAUCUGGCAUCACUCAGAUAGGCCUCAUCACGAUGCUUGACUGUUGUCCUGAGCUUCAAAAGCUUUGUAUUGCUUUGAACACGGACGCGUUCAUAGAGGUGCCAUCAGACCGUGAAGGGAUAGAAAACACAGCCAUCCGAACCAUAGGUCUCGCCGACUCCCUGAUCGAGGCGUGCGCCACUGUAGCAGUCGCAGCGUUUCUCUCCGACAUCUUUCCGAACCUCACCACCAUCAUCGCAUGGGAUUCGGUAGUAAUGAGUCGGCGCCUUAAUGCAGGGAUCUAUGCUGAGCGGUGGAAGCAUGUCUCUGAGCAGGUGCACGGGAUGAACAAGGUUCGGGCGCAGGAAAGGAAAUGGUGGUUGACUGACGAUGAAGGUGAAAGAAAUCAAAGUUUGUGCGUGGAUGGAUACCCUGGUAGUAAGGAUAUAGGAAUCGUGGUUAUCCUGGAUAGGAGUGGUGAAAAUGCCAGUGUCGAUAGAUUUGUGCAGGUUAAGCGUUAG